GAGGAGCAGAGAGACCGUGCGUGCGUGCGUGCGUGCGCCGCGGAGGAAGCAGCAGCGGCCGCCGGUAGCCUCUCGUCCUCCCUGGGAACAGUCAUGGUGCGGCACAGCGGGACCCCGGUGGCUGAAGCGUCGCCUCUGGAUGAGUGACUCGAGCAACUCCGGGUGAAGUCAGCGACCGAAGACGCGGUGUUUAUGGGAAAUGAACGUGAAACAGACUCCGGAGCUGAUCGAGCGACCCGCCAGCCUUUUGGUCCCAACUUCGACAAAAACUGGAAUUGCUUUGCUCUACAAUGAGGAGACCAAGAACACGUUUGACGUCUGCCUGAAACUGACCCGAGAAGCGCUGACGAUUCAGAAGCUGGACGUAGUCUGCAUCAACGGAAGUGAGUGCGAUGUAAAUCACAGAACUGUUGUUCUCCGGAGACAAGCGACUGGAGGUCUGGGCCUGAGCAUCAAAGGAGGAGCGGAGCACAACGUGCCUGUGGUUAUUUCAAAGAUUUUCAAAGAUCAAGUGGCCGACCAGACGGGGAAACUGUUCGUGGGAGACGCCGUGGUGCAGGUCAACGGCAUCAACGUGGAGCGCUGCACUCACGAGGAAGUGGUUCACCUCCUGCGAACCGCCGGGGAGGAGGUCACCAUCACCGUCCGCUAUCUCCGCGAAGUUCCGUCGUUCCUCAAACUGCCUCUAGGUUCCCCCGGACCCUCAUGUGAUCACAGUCGGGUCUCCUCGCCGCUCUUUGACAGCGGCCUGCAUUUGAAUAGCAACGGCUCAGCGCCGUCCCCCCCCUCACCCUCCGACAACGAACCAAAGUAUGAGAAGCGCUGGCUGGAUGCCGUCUCCCUGCCCUUGUUGAUGGCAAGAGUCUCCAGAUACAAAGCCGGGACGGAUAAAUUAAGGUCCAACUGUUUUGAAGUCUUUGUCUUGGACGGCGCCAGCACCAAUAUUCUCCAAUUUUGCACUGCAGCGGAAAGCACAGACUGGCUCCAAGCAAUAUCCACCAAUAUCAGCGACCUGACGCUGGAGAACAUCAAGCUGGUCAACAAGUUCUGCUCUCCAGAUGAUCAGGUGGUUCACAUGGGCUGGGCCGGCGAGAGCUCCGAGGGCAGCGCCGCCACCCCACGCUUGGCUUUUAAGUUCCUAGCCCUGAGAGGACCCUAUUUCUACGUCUUCAGAAAUCCCCCGAUCAGCGCGGCCGACUGGGGACAAGCAGAGACGGCGUAUCACCUCUAUGAGGUCCUUUUCAAGGUUCACAAGCUGUGGAUGUCGGAGGACUGCUGGCUGCAGGCCAGACUCUACUUGGGUCUGGAACACUCUCCGCAGCAGCAGCAGGACAGCGAGUCCCUCUGCUUCAGUAUUCUGGUGGGCCACGGACACAGCCACACGUUCAGGGUGGAGCUGGCCACCGAGCUGGCCGUCUGGGAGAAGUCCUUCCAAAGAGCCGUGUUCCUGGAGGUGCAGCGAAUACGAUCCAAAAGCUACAUGUGCAGCAGCCAGGGGAACGUCCUGUGCUUCACCAUCGACUUUGGAUCAGGCUUCACAUGCUCGGAGGCAACCACCAAGGCGCUGCUCUGGCGAUAUAAGUUCUCUCAACUUAAAGGAUCCUCUGAUGACGGGAAGACCAGGGUGAAGCUGCUUUUCAAGAACUCCGAGAGCCAGCAGAUAGAGAUGAAGGAGUUGGAGUUUGCGAACCUAACCGCCGUCCUUCAUUGUAUCCACUCGUUUAUCGCCGCCAAAGUGGCCUCCAUGGACCCGCUCUUUACGUGCAGCCACAGCCUCGCCGGGAAUCACACGAACAGUUAAACCCUCAUCUGAAUUAUUA